UGUGUGAAAAAGAAAGGGGUAGAAAGUGGAGAGUUGGCAGUUUAUUUAAGAAAAAAAAAGGGGUGGGAAGGUUCGCCUCGUAACAUCAGAAAUGCUGGUAUCGAACCAUCGCCGUUCGGGUAGAACAGUAGCGGCCGAAAAAGAGCACCAGCAGCAGCAGCAGCAGCAGCCCCACAGCAGCAGUUAAAGCGGCGUGUUUGUCUGAAACACGCACCACCCCCCUGCCCCCCCCCCCCCAAAACCUCCCUGCUAGCACAAACCUCCCACCAGCAUGGGCGACCACAAAAGCCAGAAGUCCGGAUCCGCCGGAGGAGCUGCAGCGGGAGGAGGAGGAGGAGGAGGAGGAGCACCCGGUAGUGGGCAUCCUUCAACAGUGGCCGCCUCAACCACGACCACGACAACAACGGCGGCUGCGGCCGCGCCAAUAACGACGCCACAACAGCAACACCACCAGCCACCCCCGCACCACCCUCACGCUCCUCAUCCGCAUCACCACCAGCAGCAACCUCCGCCACCGGGGCCACCACCCCAGCACCAUCCGCACGUGCCCCAUCCACAUCAUAUGCCGCCACAUCCGCCGCAUCCCCAUCAUCAUCCGCAUCACCAUCCGCCGCAUCCUGGCGCCGCGGGUGGACCCCCACCCCCACCAGGAGGGGCUGGUGGGGAGCAUCAGGCGGGACCACCACCACCACCAGGCCAUGGGCCACCACCACCACCAUUGCCACCGUCGCAUCCUGGUGGCGUUCAUCACGCGUCACCGUACGACCAUCACCAUCCCGGGGUGCCGGGUGAUGCGGGUGGUGCGGGUGGACCAACGGGUGGAAGUGGAAAGGACGAAGGUCCUCCACCGCCACCACCACCACACCAGCAGCAGCAGCACGGUGGCCAUCCACCACCAGGACCUCCACCACCGAUGGGACACCACCACCAUCAAAUGCAGCAUCAUGGGCAGGUGUAUGGGCAGCCCCCGCCACCCCCCAUGCAACACCAGCAGCAGUAUGCCCCUCGCUACCACCACCACCAUCCGCACCACCCGCACGAUCCAAAUGUGCCGGCUGGCGGUGCGCCGGAUCCUUACGCACACUAUCACGCGCAUCGGAUGGGAGCGGCUGCGGCCGCGGCUGCCGCCUCAUCCGGCCCCGGAGGUUCCCCUGGUGGUGGUGCCACCGGAAGUGGUGGCACUGGUGCUGGUGGUUCCGGUACACCACCACCACCACCACCGCAACAUCCCGGUGGAAAACCGGCCGCUGUUGCUGCUGCAGCGGCUGCAGCUGCUGCAGCAGCUGCUGCCGCCACCGGAAGUCCUAUCCAUGGCCGUCACGGUCGCUAUAUGCCUCAGCAAGGUGCCGCACCCGGUCCGGGGCAACCACCGCCACCGGGUGGUGCGGGUAAUGCUCCACCACCACCCGGUGGUCCUGCCGCUGGUGGUCCAACGCCGACACUUAACUCGUUGUUGCAAUCGCAUCCACCACCACCACCACACCCGGGGGCACCUCAGCACCAUCGCUAUCCACCGGGUGGUUACGAUCCAACGGUGCCACAAUCGCAACAGCAACAACCACCACCGCCCGGAGGUCCUGGCCAGCCGCCGGGACCUGCUGGAGGACCGGGACCGGGGCAGGGACAGCCGGGUAUGCUGCCGUACCAUGGGGGUCAUCAGCAGCAGGGUUGGGCUCCACCACCGAGACCCUACAGCCCGCAUUCGCAACCGUAUCGACCUCCGCCACCGGGUAACACCGGACGGGGACAAUCACCCUACCCGCCGGUCCCCCCGGGACAGGCCCCCGGCAGCUACCCGCCGCCACAGCAACCACCCACAAGCCAGGGCAGCCAACAACCGCCCGGUCCUCCAGCACCAGGCGCAGGAGCAGGAGGACCCCCAGGGCAGGGACCACCGCCGGCGGGUACCCCUGGUGGGCCCGCUGGCGGAGGAGCGCCCGGUCAAUCACCGCAACAUCAUCCGCCCACGUCACAGGGCCCAUCCGCCAACACGCAGUAUACUCCCUAUCAGCCUCAGCGCUAUCCAACACCUGGUGGUCCUAACGCGCCCAACCACAGGACACCGUAUCCUCCGCAUCAGUACGAACCGGUCAGAUCGUGGCCAUCGCCAGCUGCCAGUCCAGGACCGGGCCCGGGACAUCUGCCUCCCUCACCACACGGGCCACCGCAGAGUCCUGGACAGCAGCAACAACAGCAGCAGCACAGUGGCCCAAGUCCUUCGCCGCAACCGCCACAGCCAGCUCCAUCACCGCAUCAGGACUCGACGGGUCAGAACAGUAAUGACAGCUCGACGGGAGGCGCCGGUGGGCCUGGAAACGCGCAAGGACCGGCAGGUGUCCACGGUGCCCCCGGUACGCCCAACUCCUCCUCUUCGUCGUCGUCUCAGGGCAUGAGGCCAACACCGUCACCGACCGGUUCUGGUAGCGGAUCACGCUCUAUGUCGCCGGCAGUAGGCCAGCAAAGUAUUUCGAUGCCUCCUCGUCCAUCCAGCAGUCACUCGCAAGGUCCAAACCAGCAGCAACAGCAGCAAGGUCCAAACCACCAGCACGGUGGCACCAACAGCAACAGCAACCUGGUGCACGGUAAUCAAUCGCAAGGACCUCCAGGACCGCCGGAUCAUCACGCGCGUGUCGCAUCACCGAAUCGUCCACCGUCGGCUUCGUCACAGCAGCUACCCCCGGUGUCAGGGGCCUCCUCAGGUUCCUCCUCGUUGCCUCCCUCCUCCCAAGCAGGUGGAGCACCAACACCAGGCUCAGCAGCAGCAGCAGCAGCAGCAGCAAUGGCCGCCCAAGGCUACCAGGCGCAACCGCCCCAUCCACCGCACAUGCACGGUCCGUACAAGAUGGGCCCAGGCGGUAUGCCCCCGGGAACCGGCCCCGGUCAGCAGAUGUCCCCGUAUCCACCUCCACCACCACACCAGCAACCGCCACCGCCGCAGUCGCAGCAGUAUUCACCACACUCGCCCGCGAGUUACUCGCCGCGUCCGCAGUAUCCGGGUGCGUACGGACCAUCACCACCGGUUCCGGGACCCCCUCCCGGUACCCAAUCACCCCAGCAGCAGGGUCCGCCGGGUGGUGGUGGACCACCACCACCUCAUCCGGCACCGGGAAGUUACCCCGGUCAACACCGGAUGCCGAAUCACGUGGGUGCGGGAGGGCCACCCCCACCACACGCGCAGUACCCUCCGCAUCAGUAUCCGCAUCAACCGCCAAGCCCGUGGGGACCUCCGCACACGCAGGCCGGUGGUCCGGGUGGAGCCGGUGCAGGUGGUCAUGUAAAUAAUCAUGUACAGCAGUCGCAGCAGCAGCAGCAGCAGGGUCAGGGUGGACCUCCAACACCCGGUGGGGGUGGUGGUCCACGGCAGGGUAAGGGAAUGCCACCGGGACCACCGGGUGCAGCCGGUGUGCAUCCCCAAUCGCCCCAGCAACAGCAGCAACAACAACAACAACAUCCGCAACACCACCAGGCGCCUCCACCGCAUCAUCAGCCGCACCACCAGCCACAUCAUCAACCGCCAGGGCACCAUCCGGGCCAGGCGCAAUCGCAACAGGGCCAAGGACCUCCACCACCCCAGAGCGGGUCGCCGCAACCGCUCAACUACCUGAAGCAACACCUCCAGCACAAGGGCGCGUACAGUGGUGCGCCAAGUCCAACACCACCCCCGCCCGGGCAGGGUUAUGGCAACGGGCCGGGUAUGCAUCCGCCGAUGGGUCCACCUCACCACAUGGGUCCACCGAUGGGUUUGCCACCACCACCGAAUGCGAGCAGUAUGGGUCCACCACCACCGGCUGGAACGCCACCUAAUCAAUCACCCUCGGGGGCUGGGAGUGGGGGUGGGGCCGUUGUCGGGCAUCAACAUCCGUCGCAACAACAACAGGAUGGUGGACAUCCGCCGUCACCACACCAGCAGCAGCAGCAGCAACAACCACCGCCGCCACCGCAACAACAAUCGCCCCAUCCAGGCCAGCAGCAGCAACAGCAGCAGCAGCAGUCUCAGCAACCGCAACAACCGCCCCCAUCGCCACAUCACCACCCACACGGUCCACCACCACCGCCGCCCCACGUGCAGCAACAUCCGGGUCAUCAUCCGGGAGCCGAUUUGCCGCCGCAGCCACCGCACCAUGGGCUGCUGGCCGGGGCAGGCCAGGACAAUGGCGUGAUGGGGGGUGCGGGAGGUGGAGCGGGCGGUGCCGCAGGUCCACACCAUCACCAUCACCACCAUCAUCAUCAUCCAGUUACCUCACUCGUUACAACGGGACCUGAUGGCGCUGCACUCGACGAAGCCAGUCAGCAGAGUACCUUAUCCAAUACCUCAGUAGCUUCUGGAGAAGAUCCGACGUGCUCGACGCCGAAAUCGCGGAAAAAUGACCACUACAACCAAAGCCAUCUGACGAGCACCAACACACCGUCGUCGUCGAACGCGUCACCCGGGCCGCACAACGCGCACGAAGACUUCGAGCUCAACUCGUCCCCGACGUCCUGGCCCCGGACGCCAGCUAGUCCAGUAUUUAACAGUCACGUUCCUCCCACGCCGGAGACUCCUUUUAGAUCAACUAAGAAGUCGGAUAGCCUGAACAAGCUGUACGAGAUGGACGAUAAGCCGGAUCGGCGCGUAUUCCUGGACAAGCUGUUAGCGUACAUGGACGAGCGGAGGACACCUAUUACGGCUUGCCCGACGAUUUCGAAGACCCCGCUGGAUCUGUACAAGCUGUACGUGUACGUGCAGGAGCGCGGCGGAUUUGUUGAGGUGUGUAAGGUUACCAAGAGCAAAACGUGGAAGGACAUCGCUGGUAUGUUGGGCAUUGGUGCGAGCAGCAGUGCGGCCUACACGCUUCGGAAGCACUACACUAAGAACCUGCUGCCGUUCGAGUGCAAGUUCGACCGGGGUGGCAUCGAUCCGGGUCCAAUCAUCGCGCAGGUCGAGGCCGGUUCGAAGAAAAAGUCCGCCAAAACGACCUCAGUACCGUCGCCUGGUUCUUCGAAUUCACAAGAUUCGUUCCCGGCGCCCGGCAGCAGCAGUGCCUCGAUGGAUGGUUACGGACCGUAUCCUGGCAGUGGUUAUCCGCCAGGCUCGACGCCGGAUUACGUGCAACAACAGCAGCAACAACAGGGUGCCCCAGGGGGACCUCCGGGAGCAGCUGCGGCCGGUGCGCAACCGGGUCCCGGUCAGCAGCAACCUCCGCAGCCUCAGCAGAGGCCACCAUCGCAACAAAGCGGCACUCAGUCUCCCCAUCCAGGUUCGGCACCGCCUGCCUCGGGCGAUAACAUUAGCGUGAGCAAUCCCUUUGAUGAUCCCGUGGGUCCACAGCGUCCCCCGUAUCAGCAGGGUGCUCCCUAUCCACCGGUUUCACGUCCUCAAGGCGCUCCGGGAAGCUACGGGCAACCGGGAAGCUACGGCCAGUAUGGAGCCCCGGAUCAGUACGGACCGGCAGGUGGCGCACCACCUGGACAGUAUCCACCGCCACCGGGCCAGCAAGGACAAUAUCCGCCCACGAAUCGUCCCCUCUAUCCACCGUACGCACCGCCGGAAGCUGGAGAAGGAUCUCUCUACAGGGGCACACCACCGGCAUCGGCGAGCGGGGUCGGAGGUCCACCAUCGGCUGCCGAUCCUUACCGAGGGUAUGGUGGCUCACCAUACCCGCCACCACCUCAGCAACGCUCGUACCCGCCUCAACCCCAGCAACAACCCGUCGUUAGUGCGGCCCCGGGAGUUCCGCCUUCGGGGACACCGCCGAUCCCUGGCCAGGCUGGCGCAGCAUCAACCGGUCAGGUGCCUCCGGGUGGUCCAUCGUCGCAGCAGCAACAGCAACAACCGCAGCAGGUGCCACCACCACAACAACAACCCGGCGCCCAAGGACAACCGGGAGCGCCCGGUGGCUAUCCGGCUCCGGUGGGACAACCAGUCCCGCAAUCGGCAGCCGACUACUACCGACAGCAGCAGGAACAGGCUCUUCCCUACCCACAGCCGAACCAGCCCCGGCGUCAUCCGGACUUCGAGAAGAGCCAGCAACCGUAUCCUCCGUACCAGCAGCGGCCCCAGAUGUACCCAGGUGGUUGGCAGGCGGGUCCUGGUGGUCAAUAUCGAGGCCAGUAUCCUCCUCAGAGUCCCCAGCAGCAGUGGGUUCACAACGGUCCCAGACCAAGCGGUCCACCAGGACCACCGGGAGCGGGAGGACCUCCGGGUGUACCUCCGGGAGCUCCGAACCAAUGGGGAGCGGCCGCGGACGUUAAUCGCUAUCCUCCCAGUCAACAGCAGCCUCCGUAUCCAACACAUCAGCAGGGACAACAGCAACCGUGGAACCAGAUGCCUCCGACAUCGCAAAACUCACCUCUCCGUCCGCCGUUACGCGGUGGUAAACCGUAUCCACCGAUGGCAGCAGCGGGUCCGGGAGUUCCGACACCGCCCGGUGGUAUGCCUGGCAUGCCACCGACCAGCAUCAGUGCGCCUCCGCAACCCCCAGGUGUGCCGGGUGGACAACCAGGAUCGGUGGCAGCUUCCGGUCCGGUAGUUCCUGUGAGCGGUGGACCAGCGGUUGUUCCUUCCCCGACGGGUGUAGUACCGGGUAGUGGCGUUCCGUCGUCGGUCGGCAGCGUCGGUGGUGUUGUUCCUGGAUCUGCACCAACGGCAAGCGCAUCUCCGGCGAUUGGAGUGAAAGCUCAACCCACCACGCAAGGUGGCGUCCAAGCACAACCGGCUGGAGCGAAUUUUCAACCACCGGGUGGUGGUGGCGUGCAGGCAAAGCGUGACAUUGUGUUCCCAACCGAUAGCGUGGAGGCGACAAUGCCGGUUUUGUACCGCCGAAAGCGCAUCACCAAGCUGGACAUCGGUCAGACCGACGCGUGGCGAAUAUUCAUGGCCCUGCGAUCCGGCCUGCUGGUGGAGAGUACGUGGGCGUUAGACGUGCUGAACAUUCUGCUCUUUGACGAUUCCUCGGUGGCCUUCUUUGGGCUGGCGCACAUGCCCGGUCUGCUGAAUCUUCUGCUGGACCACUUCCAGAAGAGCUUGUGCGAUAUGUUCGAAAGCGGCAAGAAGGAGGGCACGACAAACCGGUUCAGUGUCGAGGGAGCUAGCCGACCAGCGGCGCUGUUAGACCGACCACGGGAAGACGGAGACGAAGAGGACGCGCGAGGGGAGAACGAGCGAGAACGAUCCGCCAGCGCCAUGGUGGAUGCGUCGAUCGAGGUGAUGACUACCACCGAAACGACGAUCAAGCUCGAACCGAUGAUGACGACGUCAACGAUGACGGCAACGACAACGAUGACCACUACGACCACCGUGAUAAAGCAGGAGAAGCUUGAGAACGGUCUGCCGGAAAACGUUUCCCAUCACAAUGGCACGUUGGAGAAUGGCGAUGGAAAAGCGCUUACCCGGUGGCCCGGCACGCAGCUGGAACGGAAACGCAGCUCCCAGUGUUACGCGCGGCGUGUCACGAAACGGCGCGAACUGGGUGAGGAACUGGAUCUUGAUCUUGGCUCGGUGAAGAACCCUCCGAAUCCGGACGAGCGAACGCUGAUCCUGACGGCGACGACAAACUACACGAUGGCGUCCCGAAAGGGCCGCCCGGUGAAGAUUCACCCGGCGGAGGAUGACGUGUUUGUGCUGGAUCACCGACGGGACUGGGACCGUGCUUCCGAUUAUCAGUACCAGCGUGACACGGAAGUCGGUGGUGAUCCGUGGACGGCGGGUCACACGGAUCCGGAUCCGCAUGACUACAUCAUGGACACGUUCCGGGCCGAGUUCGUUAACAUUCCAUUUGCAAAGUACAUCAAGACUAGCGCGAAGUACGCCGAGGCUGCUGCCGCUGCCCAGGCCGCGUCGGACGGGAAACAGUUGGCAACCAACAACAACAACUACAGCAGCACCAACAACAAUAACAACAACAACAACAACAAUAGUGUGAAGUGUACGAGCAAGAACGAGGAGGAAGGCAACGAUGCAGCAGAAACGAUAGCGGAGAAAACGACGACAACGAAGGCGACGAAGAAUAAUGCGUCCGAGGAAAAUGCGCCACCGGUGGCAAUGGAUGUGGACGAAACCGAACACCUUUCGCCGCCAAAGCGAAGGAAAGAGGACGCAUCGCUGACGACACCGCCAACGUUACGCACCCGCAAGGAUCACCACAUCGCGCGGCUGAUGAACGGCGAGAGUGAGGAGGAAGAAGCGAAAGAAAAGCCAGACGGCGGUGAUAAGAUAGUUAAGAAUUGUAUAGUGAAGAAGGAAAAAUCGGCAUCGAGCGACAAAUCAUCGGGCAGUGAAACGGAAGACGGUGGUGGUAAAGCGGCCACAGCGACGCGAACCGCAACACCGAUCGAUGCGGAUUGCCGUGAAAUCGAUAUGGAGCUGGAAAAGAGCUCGAGUCUCUCGAACGGACCUCAGGACGCGACGAAAGCCGACAACAACGGCAAGCCGCCGACUGUUGGCACCGAUGUUGCGGCGUGUGAGGGCAACAAUCACCACCACCUGCAGCAAGAGUUACGGCCGGAAAGCGAAGGCGUCAAGUCACCCGCUGCCGGGGUGAUGGUGGAAAAAGACAAGAACGCGGGUGGUGACGUGGAGAAGAUGGAGGUGGACGACGGUGAAGAGCAGGAGCAGUUGGCUGCCGAGAGGACAUCCGAGUUGGCGAAGGCUUUCGAUGUUGCUGAAUCGGUCCGGGAUCCUGCGCGGGUGCUUAAGCGCCGGCGAAUGAGCGACUACGAGGACGAGUGUUACACGAGGGACGAGGCAAGCCUGUACCUGGUGACGGAGGGGCAGGACGCGUUGGCCCGCCGCUGCGUAGCCAUCUCGAACAUCCUGCGCAAUCUCACCUUCCUGCCGAACAACGAGACGGAAUUCUCAAAAUCCUCCCGCUUCCUGGCGAUCCUCGGCAAGCUGCUGCUGCUGAACCACGAACACCCGAUGCGAACGAAAAAGACGCGCAACUACGAUCGCGAGGAGGACGCAGACUUUUCCGACUCGUGCAGUAGCCUGCAGGGUGAGCACGAGUGGUGGUGGGACUUCCUGGUGCAGAUCCGCGAAAACAUGCUGGUGGCGACGGCCAACAUUUCCGGCCAGCUGGAUCUAUCGCGCUUCGAUGAGCCUAUCUCGCGGCCAAUCCUUGACGGGCUGCUACACUGGGCCGUCUGUCCGUCGGCACAUGGUCAGGAUCCGUUCCCGACGCUUGGACCGAAUGCGGCCCUGUCUCCGCAACGUCUCGCGCUCGAGGCCCUUUGCAAGCUGUGCGUAACCGACGCCAAUGUGGAUCUGGUUAUAGCGACACCACCGUUCUCGCGUCUCGAGAAGCUGUGCACCGUGUUGACGCGUCAUCUGUGCAAGAACGAAGAUCAGGUGUUACGGGAGUUCUCGGUGAACCUGCUGCACUAUCUGGCGGCCGCCGAUAGCUCGAUGGCACGGACAGUCGCGAUGCAGUCCCCGUGUGUGUCUUAUCUGGUGGCGUUCAUCGAGCAGGCGGAACAAUCGGCACUCGGUGUAGCCAACCAGCACGGUAUCAACUUCCUGCGUGACAAUCCCGACUCCAUGGGCACCAGCUUGGACAUGUUGAGGCGAGCCGCUGGUACGCUGCUACACCUAGCCAAACACCCGGACAACCGGCCGUUGUUCAUGCAGCAAGAGCAACGUCUGCUGGGUUUGGUCAUGAGCCACAUACUGGACCAGCAGGUGGCGCUCAUAAUAUCGCGCGUGCUUUACCAGUGCUCUCGGGGGACGGGUCCGCUGACGACGAUGGAAAUCGAGCUGGGCGGUAAGACGAGCCUUGGUACUUCUUCUAGCUCUUCUACUGCUGCUGCUGCAUCGUCGACGUCCUCUUCCGCGGCAAUGGUGGAAUCGAAAGGAGCAUCAACUUCCGGUGACGCGAAGACAACAGCAACACCAUCGCCAUGUUUGACGCCAUCAAACGGCGGUGGUCCAUCAUCACCUAGUGCGCCAAGUAGCGGUAGUGGAGCUUCAACACCAAACGCAGGUACGUCACAGGUGACGGCGACGAAUGGACUAGCUGGAACGGACGAAUUUGCCACUCCAUCAACACCUUCGUCCUCGUCGACGUCAUCGGUUGCUGUCACCGAAAAUGUGCACCCCAAUCGAUCGACUGGUGAGAAUGCUUCAUCACCAUCGUCGGCGACGGAGGAAACCGGUGCUGGAUCGACAAACUCCACCGAAAUGGGUGCGGCUUCGAUGACUCCGAGCACUACACCCUCGUCACCGGUUGCAUCACCCGUCACGGGAGACGGAUCGGUGUGCACCACCGGGGCGGCGGCUGCUUCUGCGACCAGCAACAGCAGCAACAGUAGCAGCAGCACCAAUAACAACAGCAGCAGUAGUAGCACCAAUAGCAACAACAGCAGUAGCAACAGUAACAACAUUAGCAACAACAGCACGAGUACUGUGCCGACGAGUCCUUCGGCGGUCCCUCAACCGGCGGUGACCGCAACCUCGCCCGCUGCUGUUGCUUCCGCGCCGCCGCAACAAUCUUCGCAACACCCGAUAACGGCUUCGUCGUAGUGGAAGCAGAACAGCCGCCUGACGCCAGCAGCACUAUCAUAUUCAGGGUCAUUAUCGGCACCGCUGGCGACUCAUCUCGAUCGCAAAGUGGUGUGAUGGGUAGCAGCUAGCGGGGGA